UUCAGGUGAUGAAGGUUCAGGUGUUGAUGCUUCUACUCACACUACAUCUCCCAUCGUAUCUAGUACAGUCAGACAAAGAGAGUACCCAACAGCGACAUUCUUACCAGGCAGUACGACUUCUCAAGAAACAGAUAACACCUCAGAAUCCCACAGCAUGAAUCAGACUUAUGAAGAUCCUGUUGAAAGUACAACUUUACCACUGACCACUUCCAGCUCACCCUCAUCAAGUCCUCUCCAUCUAUUCACUGAUGAUGCAACUGAGGGCUCAGGCCUUGCAAUCCUGACAACUCCUGAAUCAAAAUCAGUUGUUCAAACAACUACAAUUUUGCCAGAGUUUGGGCAUUCAACAUUUGGUGUGGACAGUACAACGAUUCAAGAUUCAAUAAAGUUUGCCACCUCCACUGUGGUUCAUCUUACAUCUGAAUCAGUAGUAACAGUCACUCCUCAUUUAGCUGUGAUGCCUUCAACCACAGAACGUGAUCACCUUAGAGUAACAGAACAACCUACAUCAACUCAAAUGCCGUCUGUAGAGCAUAGUAAUCUUACAGAUCAGCAGAUUACCGUAGUUAGCCCCACAGGUACACACCCCAGCACUACAACCAUUGUAAUAUUAAAUGGGGAUCAGGACAAGUUAAUUCCCACAAGACCGGACCUGACCACAGAUGACAUAAUCGAUGCAGACACGCUUCCGUUUUCAGAAUCAUCCUCACCAUAUUCUCCCACAAUUCAAACACAGGAGGCAGGUGGUAUGACAGCCACCCUAACACCACCCUUCUCUGUAAUCAUGACAGAGGAGCCGGAAGGAUCUGCAAUGGGCACUACGUCACCACCGUACCCAACAUCCAGUGAGGAGUUUAUAUCAUACUCUGGAGAGCCUUCAAUAUUACAACCAACCUCCUCCACCACAGAGGCUAGAUUGACUACUUUACGGCCGAUGAUUAGCACAUCAGAAUUCAUUCAUGUAUCUUCAGAGAUCACAUCCACCUUGAAACCAAAGUUCGAUAUGUCCACCACAACUUCAAAACCUGACCUUCAUGAUACAUCAUCAGUCUUGUCUACCCUGUCUCCAGAAGAGGUGUCAGGCAUUGACUCAGAACUGAAGAGUUCAACAUCCGUACCCUCUAAAGCCUCCACUGUGUCUGCUCCUGUUUCCAGUAUGCUUCAGCCAAUUGAUUCCUCUGAGAAGGCACCAUCAAUAUCAGCUAUUACAGAGUUUUCGAGCACAAUAUUUCCUGAUAAGGAAGGUUCUGGAACCGAUUCAUCAAUAAUCUCUGUCUUCGGUAGUUCCCCCACAGCACAGACCACAUCAUCGGAGGAAGCUGAAGACUUACUUGUACCUUCUGCAAAUGUGACUUUCUCAACCGAUCAAGACAGCUCAAGUUACGGGAAGACUGGGACCACUAGUGAGGUCACCACAGUGGCCCCUCAGCUGACUAGCACAGCAAAGACCAUUGAGGAAUACACAUCCUCUCUUUCAGAAAGUUCUCACACUACAAUUGCAUCAUUCCCAACAAAUGGAGAGGAAGGCUCAGGCAUGAUUUCUGCAACUUCCUCUGUCCAACCAACUGUGACUGCCUCAGUUGUUGUAACAGAUCAACCGUCACUGGUUUCAACUUCAUCUGGAGCUCGAGACAAAACAUCUCCUUCUACUAAAAUAACUCUGCCGUCCAGAGAUGAGUCUACCACAACUGUGAUGUCCCAAACUGGCACACCACAACAACAGCAUAUAUCCACAGAAGCUGUAGAAUCAUCUAGCACUGAGCCUCCAACCAUACCAAUCACAGGAGAAGUUAGUUCAAUUUCUCCAGUCACAGAUGAGGAAAGCUCAGGACUCACACCAGAGACCUUGAUUCCAGUCUCUCCCUCACACCAGAAUGUAACCUCAAUGCCUAUGCUGACAAGUACCAAGACAGGUGACUCUCUUUCUGAGGAAACUGAGACAAGUUCUACAGAACUCUCAUCAACUUUAGGCUCAACAGAUAGUGGCAAACCCACAGUUUCUUCCAUAUCACAGUUCAUAUCAACAACUCUUUUCACAGAUGAUCAGGGUUCAGGUUCGGAGUUAUCCUCUUCAUCUCCAUUCACAUCCUCGGCUCUAUCUGAUUUAACUGUGACAGAGCAGACAAGAGUGAGUCACAUUGACUCUACUGAAGGAAGUGAGGUGAUAGAAGGAUCUGCUUCUACUGUGGUUGACACUGAAGACACUAAAGUAUCCACUACAGAAUCUAUGUUAACUGUUAGCCCUCUCACUGCAUCAGUCAACAUUCAGCAGCCAACCACACCCUCUCACACAGGAACAGUUACAGAGGAAACAACAGACAAAGAUGAAGAAGAGACAGCAAAAUCUCAAACCACUGAAGAGUCUACUACAAUAACAGUACAAAUUGACAUUACUGAUGAUGAAAGCUCAGGGUUCACCUCAGUUGAUUUGACUCCCACAUAUACUUCCAAAAAAGCAAGCACUACAUCACCUACAACAGAGACAAUCUCUUCAGAGAGUGCAUCUAUUGAAACAGUUGAUUCAACAACAACAUCCCAACUACUGCUUCUACAAUCUAGCACUGAACCACCAUUUGUCAUCAUCACAGAGCAAGACAGCUCAGUUUCACCUUCUACUGAUGAGGAGGGCUCGGGACUCACCCCUGAGACUUUGAUCCCAUCAUCUGUUUCUCCCCAGUCUGCCACUGUGCGUCCUUUCCAGACCACCACAGCUCAACCAGUGCAGACAUCCACACCUGUUCACUCAAAGCCAGUUACUGAGCACCCUACUGAACUGGAAACUGCAACUGAUGACAGAUCAGAGGUGGUGAAAUCUAGCACUGAACCGCCGUUUGUCAUCAUCACAGAACAAGACAGAUCAGUUUCACCUUCUACUGAUGACGAGAGCUCAGGACUCACCCCUGAGACUUUGAUCCCAUCAUCAAUUUCCCCCAAGUAUGUUACAAUGCCUGCAGUAACAGUGUCUCCAUCAGUGGGCUCAGGAUCUUCAGAAGAGACUGAUACAAGUGCAACAGAAAAGUCUACAGAAGUAAAAGAAUCUGACAAACAGGGAGAGGAAUCUACCACUCGGCAGCCGUUUGUCAUCAUCACAGAGCAAGACAGCUCAGUUUCACCUUCUACUGAUGAGGAGGGCUCGGGACUCACCCCUGAGACUUUGAUCCCAUCAUCAAUUUCCCCCAAGUAUGUUACAAUGCCUGCAGUAACAGUGUCUCCAUCAGUGGGCUCAGGAUCUUCAGAAGAGAAUGAUACAAGUGCUACAGAAAAGUCUACAGAAGUAAAAGAAUCUGACAAACAGGGAGAGGAAUCUACCACUCGGCAGCCGUUUGUCAUCAUCACAGAACAAGACAGCUUAGUUUCACCUUCUACUGAGGAUGAGAGCUCGGGACUCAGCCCUGAGACUUUGAUCCCAUCAUCUGUUUCUCCCCAGUCUGCCACUGUGCGUCCUUUCCAGACCACCACAGCUCAACCAGUGCAGACUUCCACACCUGUUCACCCAAUGCCAGUUACUGAUGACAGAUCAGAGGUGGUGAAAUCUAGCACUGAACCACCGUUUGUCAUCAUCACAGAACAAGACAGCUCAGUUUCACCUUCUACUGAUGAGGAGGGCUCGGGACUCACCCCUGAGACUUUGAUCCCAUCAUCAAUUUACCCCAAGUAUGCAACAAUGCCUGCAGUAACAGUGUCUCCAUCAGUGGGCCCGGGAUCUACAGAAGAGACUGAUACAAGUGCUACAGAAAAGUCUACACAAGUAACAGAAUCUGACAAACAGGGAGAGGAAUCUACCACUCGUCAGCCGUUUGUCAUCAUCACAGAACAAGACAGCUCAGUUUCACCGUCUACUGAGGAUGAGAGCUCGGGACUCACCCCUGAGACUUUGAUCCCAUCAUCUGUUUCUCCCCAGUCUGCCACUGUGCGUCCUUUCCAGACCACCACAGCUCAACCAGUGCAGACAUCCACAGAAUUGGUCAUCAUCACAGAACAAGACAGCUCAGUUUCACCUAAUGAUGAGGAGGGCUCGGGGCUUACCCCUGAGACUUUGAAUCCGACAUCCGCUUUGUGGAAGGCUGUUACUUCACCACCUGCAGUAAGAGCUCUAACAAUUGCAACAUCAUCUGUAGAGACUGAUGCAAGCUCUGUUGUAUCUGUUACCCAAGCAACCAGCACAUCCAUUGAGCCAUCUGCCAGCAUAAACCCAACCGCAUCUUCCUCUGAUCCAGAUGUUGUUGUCCAUUUGGUCACAACAUAUGUCCCUCAAGAAGUCUUGACGCCUAAUGAAACUUACCAGCAAGUUUUGUCUGAAAUCACCCUGACUGAUAAGCCUUUCUCAAAUGACUCUACAAAUAUAUCUAAGUCAGAUCUGAGAAGUACAUAUGUCCCUCUUACGACAUCCACUACCAAGGUUGUAGACGAGUUUUUCGAGGGAAGCUCAGAUGAUGACCAAAAGCCUACAGAAGAAAGUCCAAAGGUGGUAACAACCAGACUCUCCACCUCUGGUAUUUUUAGCACUAGCAUACCUAUAUUAUCCUCAUCAGAUUAUGAUGAUCAGAAUAUAGAUUAUAAUUACCUACCCGAAGCCAUACCUACUUGGCCGCAGACACCCGACAGCCCUCUACCAACUGCAUCUGUGAAUGUGCCUACGAGUUCCACUAGGGAGACCACUGACUCCUCAUCAGUAUCUGAGGUGAGUGGCAGUCCAGCAACUUUUUCUCCAGAGUCAAGCUCCUCUGAGGAACCUAGCCACAGUAAUGCAACUGCCUCGGAGGGUUCAGCCUCCAGCUCAAGCAGCUCAGAGAGCAGCUCAGAGGAGGCAACAACUGCAGUGCCAGUGACUGGAUCAGACUUGAGUGGCACACUUGUGCCUCUUAUGUCCACAUCCGCCUCUAUCAGUGAUGGCGGAAUAGACUCUGGUGAGCAGGUUGUAGUGAUACCUGACCCUGAGACAAGCUCGGCUAAGGGAAAUGAUGCAGAGACCACAUCACCACCUGAGAAAGAGGGAUCAGCUUCCAUCUCAGGCAACUCAGAGACCAACGCAGAGUAUUUGACAACCACGCAACAAUCAGCGGUCACAGGGAAAACGUCAGCUGAGGACACCACAACAUCACCAGCCGAAGUUCAGUUUGUGAAGUUUUCCACCGAAGCUAGCUCGUCACUGCUUCAGACUCCAGACAGUGAUAACCGUGUGCAGCCAGCUACAGGGGAGGUGGAGCAUAUAAUCAACCCCACACUGUCUGGCUCUCUUACUGUCAGCCCACCCAAAGACAAUGAGAUCAAACCUGAAAACACAGAUGAGAUUCUGUCUCAACCUGAGACCACCAUCACUAGUAGAGUGACGGAAACCACAACCCCAAUCCCAAGAGGUCUGGGGCACACAGAUUUUGGCGAGUCUCUGGACAUUGAAGGUGUUCAUUCAUGUCUCGAGAAUCCCUGCUUAAAUGGAGGCUCCUGUUGGAGAGUAGGCAGUGUCAACACUUGCACCUGUACUGCUGGUUAUGGAGGAGACCACUGUGAAAUAGAUAUUGAUGAGUGUCAUUCAAAUCCUUGUCGCAAUGGAGGCACAUGUGUGGAUGGACUGAAUGCAUUCACCUGCGUAUGCCUUCCCAGUUAUGCAGGAACACUUUGUGAAGAAGACACAGAGACGUGUAACUAUGGCUGGCACAAGUUCCAGGGCCACUGCUACAAGUACUUCCCCCACCGUCGCAACUGGGAAACGGCAGAGCGGGAGUGCCGCGUGCAGGGGGCCCACCUGGCCAGCAUCAUCACCCUGGAGGAGCAGCAGUUUGUCAACCGCCUUGGACAGGACUACCAGUGGAUCGGACUCAACGAUAAGAUGUUUGAGAAUGACUUCCGUUGGACAGAUGGAACGUCUGUUCAAUAUGAGAACUGGAGACCCAACCAGCCGGACAGUUUCUUCUCCUCUGGUGAGGAUUGCGUGGUCAUGAUAUGGCAUGAGGACGGACAGUGGAACGACGUUCCCUGCAACUACCAUCUCACUUUCACCUGCAAAAAGGGAACAGUGUCUUGUAACCAGCCUCCAUUCGUACUGAAUGCACGCACCUUCGGGCGUGCGCGGUCACGCUACGAGAUCAACACCCUGGUGAGGUACCAGUGCAACAACGGCUUCAUCCAAAGGCACGUGCCCACCAUCCGGUGCCGAGGGGAUGGGAUGUGGGACAAGCCGAAAAUCUCCUGCAUGACUCCAUCACACUACCAGAGGACGUACCACAGGAGAUAUAAUACCUUCAGCAUAUACAACAACCAUCGAAAGAGGUCUGACGAAUCGGUUCGACGGCGCCGCCAUGGUGGCAGCAGAAGGAACAGGACUAGGAAAUAACAGAGGCCUCCAAUUACCCUUACCCCAUUCACAACACAUGAUGGAUGCUCAUGUGGAUGACAAAAAAAAUAAUAUAGAUGAGAAUGAAAAGAAAAUGACAGGCUAUUCAUUUUUCAAUCGAGGAUGAAUUCAUAGGCCUUUUGCAGUAUUUUUUGAACAAAGAGAUACUAUUUUUCUAAAAGCAACAAGGACUUUUCAAGUACCUGUUUUCCUGUAUUAUACACAUUGAGAGAAAGACUGACCUCAAAUUCACAGCUUUUUUAUUUCUUAUUUGCAGUUAUCAUUUAAUAUGCCCAGAUGGGAUAAAGUGACAAGUGUUUCACAAGUCUGCCACCUUGCUGGUAAAGUCACUGCAAUGCAAAUAUAAGGUUCCAGUGCUUUAAAACAAGUUUAAGGAUUUGUUCAACUGCUUCGAAAUCAGAGAAAUAUUCAAAGUUCACUAAGAGGGGAAAAAAGGACAAAUACUGCCUGUUGCGUUGCAUCAGCAAAGAGACUUCACUUCUGCAUAUGACGGAAUUACAAUACAUCAAACACACGCCGUGUCUUUUGGGAUUCACUCAACCCCUGUGAAAGAGCUGUGAUAAAGCCUUCAACAGCCGCUCCCAAGCCUUCACCAUAACUCACACUGAAGCCAGAGAGAGACUCUACUAUGCAGUACUGAAAACUGACAGAAGAUGGCUCAGUCCAAGCAACAGUUUUUGUCUUUAAUGGAACAUGCAAGAAAUAUGAACGGAUACAGCAAUAUGUUAGAGACAACAAUGAAUGGUUGAGAAUAGGCUUUUGCCAGAACUGUUUGUUCACUGAAGUGCCUUCACAAUAGAUGUUAUCCAAAGAAGUAGACGCCAUGGAGCUACGAUGCAUGCUUAGCAUUUUCUCAGACACACAAUUCACACUUUUUUCUCCUUUUGUUUUUAAUCUGAUCAUUACCGGUUAAUAGACUCACAUUCACAUUGUACUGGAUAAUUUAUUUCCUGCCAGCAGGUUGAUCAAGUCUAAAUGUUUGUUUGAGGACAAUGUGUGCUCACAUUUAAAGAGAAUGUACUUCGUGGGACACUCAAAAAGAAGAAAGACUUGAAUAGAUGCAUGUUGAAAAGAGAGAUGAAAGUAAUUUAUUCUCCAAGCUGCUCUUUAUCUUUUUGUUGUCUUUUAUCUUGCCUGAAGAGGCUGUCUCCUGGCUUUUCUUUGCCUGGCAGUCACACAAAAUCAAAAUAUUGAUGCAGUGUUUGGUUUGAGGCACAGAGUUUGCAUCAGUGUUAUGAGAAUGAUGUAUUCAGUUCUGAUAGAAAAAAAAGAGAUAAACACUACUCUUGGGGUGGGGUGGUUCAAUGGACCAAAUGGACGAGUAAGAUAUACAACUUGGCAUAACAGACAUUUUGAAUUUUGUGUUGCUCAGUGUAAUGAUGGUCAGCCAUUUUUUCCCCAAACAGAUUUAGAUUUAUUUGUGUUUUGUCUUUAUUGAGAGAAACAGGAGGAGAGUUUUUGUGUUUGUCUUGGAUCGUCAUAUUUGUUUUUAUCUCUAAAGUGCACAUAACAUCAUUUCAUAUUUAUAGAAUAACAUGUUUAUUAUGCAAUGUGAAUGUUUUGGGGAGUCAAAAAACCUUUUGUACAUGCAAUUUGUCACCAAAGAAACAAAGUUUAUUACAUUA